GGAACUGCCGACACCGAAUAGGAUCCUACUUCCUCUAUUUGUAGGCUCGAUUUCAAAUCUCGAACACUUCUUCUCCAAUGACUUAUGCCACCACCGCAUCAACUGGUAGUUCCGCCUCCACAACCACCAUAACCGGCAGAUCCACUGCCAAACUGGGGAAGCUCUCCGACCACCGCCAUCACAACCACCACCAGCCUUUGCUACCAGGACUUCCUGACGACAUCGCCCACCUCUGUCUCUCUCUUGUUCCCCCCUCUAUUCUCUAUUCUGUCUGCCGUUCUUGGCGUCGCCUAAUUUACUCUCCCUCCUUUCCUCCUUUUCUAUCCAUCUAUGCUCUCUUGUUUUCCCCACAAACUGAAGAUCAAAUCCCUCACUUUUCAAACUCACUUGAAUUCGCUUUCUUUGAGCCAAUCUCAUCAACAUGGCAAUCUCUCCCUCCACCACCACCGGACCCACCCCUCCGCCUCCUCCUCCGCCACCCCUCUUUCAUAUCCCGCAACCUCCCUAUCCAAUCCGUCGCCUGCUCCGGUAAUCUAGUCCUCCUCGCCGCCACCACCGAUCAAUUCCUUCCCGCCCUCCCUCGCCCUCUCAUUUUCAACCCACUUACCCGCAAAUGGACUCUUGGUCCCCCACUCGCCACACCACGACGCUGGUGUGCAGCUGGUGCAUCAUGUGAAACUGUGUACGUGGCGAGUGGGAUUGGGUCCCACUACAACCCUGUUGUAGCUCGGUCGGUUGAAAGUUUGAAUAUCAAUACUAGUCAUAGUAACAUCAAAGAUAGUCACCAUAACAACCAAAGAAACAGAAGUUUAGAGGUAGGAUGGACAUGGGAAAACAUGGGUGCGCUUAGAGAUGGAAAGUUUAGUAGGGAAGCUAUUGAAGCUGUCGGGUGGAGAAGGAAGCUAUGUAUGGUAAAUGUAAAAGGCGAUGCGGCAAAGGAAGGUGUAGUUUAUGAUGUUGAAAGUGAUGCGUGGGGGGACAUGCCAGAGGGAAUGCUAGCAGGGUGGAGAGGUCCAGCAGCUGCAAUGGACGAGGACAUCAUAUACAUGGUGGAUGAGUCUAGAGGUGCAUUAAGAAUGUAUGAGCCUGAGAGGGAUGCGUGGGUGGAGAUACUGCAGACUGAGGAGCUGAGAGGGGCAGAUAAUAUUGCCGCCGGUGGUGGGAGGGUAUGUGUUGUUUGUUGUGGUGGCAUUGGAAUUGUGGUGGUGGACGUCGUGUCGUCGCCGCCUAGGUUAUGGGUGGUGGAUACCCCGCCGGGGUUUCAAACGAUGGCCAUUCAUGUGUUGCCGAGGAUGAGCCAGCCGGACUUCCAAACACCGGUACUUGCUUCAACAUCCAUGGAUUGAUUUUUUGUUUAAUCGGUGAAUACCCCCUUUUUUUUUUUUUUUUGGUGCUAAUUUUAAUUUUUUGAGGCACUUUUUUCUUUAUUUUACACUAGAUCAGAAUAGAAAAUUUUAAACACAAUGGGAA